UGGAGUGUAGGACUCCAUUUUUUUUGCUCUUGUUUUACGAAUAUUUUUAGAAAUAUUUGAAAAGAAGAAAAGUUAUAAUUUGAAUAGUUGAAAAUCUGAAAAGGAUGCCAUCGACUGAAGAGUUGAAGCUGGCAUGUCUAUCUGUAGAUCAAAGGAAUUUGAUACCUGACUUGACCGACAAUAGAAGCGUUUGUUCCCAAGAGCAAGCAGGCUCGCAUCAUAGUACAUGUUUAAAUUCAUUUUGCACGUCCAGUGCUUCAAGUCGGCUAAUUUCAAACAGCUGAAUUGAAAUGAUGACUAAAGUUUUAAAUGACGAAUAAAGAAUUAAUUGGCCUCAUAAAAUUUCAUUAUUGCUAGAUAUUGUUCAGCGUUUUGACAGCAACGUCCUCGCACCCUUUUUACCACCCAAAUAUAAAUAUGUUGUAUCCGUAGGGUUGUCAGAGCUCCAAAUUCGCCUUUACCUUUAUUGUCUGGAAAAUCACACUAAAGGAGGGUGCAUCCAGCCCUACGGAAAUCAAGGUGAAAGUGCUGGAUUGUUCAGCGACUUUCAGCAGCUUGGCCGAGUUUGGACUCAUCCAAAGGCUUUGCUUUUAGCGCGUAACCGUCCGGAUUCAAGGAGCUCAACUCGACAUGCCGUAUCAAAAAUUCCCACAGGCGGUGAAGGAAAAGCAAAAAAAAAAUGUCAAGGACGACGAUGACGACGAUUACCUCAUGAGGACCGAGGAACCAAUGCUCGGCGAGGAUGCGUGUAUGCAAGACUCGGUUGACCAAGCUUUAACGCCGUCUAGCAGGUGGUCAGACUUAAUCUCAGAAAACGAAAUUAACAACAUAGAACAUAGUGGAAAAUUUGUUUUGCUGAUGGAUUUUCUUCGGGUGUGCGAGCCGAUAGGCUAUAAAUUAUUGGUCUUCAGCCAGUCGCUCACAAACCUAGAUCUGAUUGAAGAGUUUCUUGCAAUUGAAAAUUCAAAAAAUCAGUUAAGAAGCACUAACGACACCGAUCAGAAGAUUAUUGGUGGCACAUGGAAUAUUAAUACCGAUUUUUUUCGACUGGAUGGCUCGGCGUCUUACGAACAGCGUCUUAACUCGUGCCGAGCGUUCAAUGACGCUCAGAAUCCCCGUUCGCGUUUGUUUAUAAUCUCAACUAGGGCUGGCGGUAUAGGCAUAAAUUUGGUAGGAGCCAAUCGCGCCAUUAUUUUUGAUGCGUCAUGGAACCCUUCGCACGAUCUGCAAAGUGUCUUCCGAGUUUACCGUUUGGGACAAAAGAAGCCGUGUUACAUUUAUCGCUUCGUAGCUCAGGGAACUAUGGAAGAAAAAAUCUAUUAUCGUCAGGUAGCCAAACUUUCACUGUCAAGGCGUAUUGUUGAUGAAGAAAAAAUCGAUCGUUACUUCGGCUCAAACGAUUUGUCUGACCUCUAUACAUUUAAUGCCGAUGGCCAGUUAUCGUUACCGGCUAUAAUUCGAGAGCGUGAGGACUCUUCUCUUCUUGACGACAACCUACUAGCUGGAGUCGCAGUUCGAAAGAAAAAGUGGGUUGGUGGGUACCAAGCACACGAUUCUUUACUUCAAAAUCGCCCUGAAGAACAUCUCGAAGAUAGUGAGCAGCAAGUCAUAUGGAAAAUAUUUCAAACAGAAAAAGAAAAAGAAACUUCAUUGACGCUUGCAAGCUCGCAAACAACUCUUUGAAGAAGUUGGUUUUUUUAGAACCUGAGAAGGGUGUGGGGAAGUGAUCACUGCCAUAUUACGCAUUUCCUUAUUGUAUCUACGUCGCAUCGCAAGCAUCAAUCAUUUCUAAUCCAGCGGGUAAUGUAACAUGUUUGCGUAAUUAGUGUCUACGAAAAUUAAGUACAAUUUAAUGGAACUGUUGUAUUCAAGAAAAGCACGAGACCAUCAGCACGAAGAGAAGCACUAGGCCAUGAAAGUACUAAACAAACACGUAGCGUACAUCCUAUCAUAUAGUUCAUACAAAUGUGAAAACGACUGGUGGGAGGGUGUUAAAUGAGCUCGUUUAUUUGAACACCUGUUAACACACCUGAGUAAGCGCCCCAGAAUCCUAUCGACCCAAAAUUCGUUUUUGUCAUUGCAGGUUUUAACCUGUACGACACUUUGUGUUUAAUGGUAUUGCGUUGGAAUUGUGGCAGUUGGAAUUAGUACAAUUUUACUGUCGCUUGGUUUGGUGCUCAUCAAAAUGAGGUCUAGUUACGUUUUUCUUUUAAUAGUGGUAGUGGGUACUACAAUCGCUUCCUCCGAAUUCAAGCCAAAUCCUGAUGUAGACGAAUGUUGGGAACGUUUUAAGGUAAGAUUUCGAAAAACGUAUGCUAGUGAUGCUGAAGAACUGAAAAGACGGGAAAUUUGGGAGAAGAACAUCGCUAACAUCGACAAACACAAUGAAGAGUACAAGGAAGGCAAACAUUCCUACACGCUUGCAGAGAACAAAUACGCUGACAUGACAAAGGAGGAAUGGAAAAAUCAUUUCAAGGG